AAAACGAAAAAGGAAGAAAGGACAGGGAAAGGAGGUUGAGUGGGGGUGCGUAGGCUAAGAGAAAACACGCCACAUUCCGUUGAUUUCGAACACUGGAAAAGAAAAAGCCGAACACAAGAGAAUCAUCAGCUCUCUCGUCGAAAGGUCGGUUUCUUUCCAGUCGCGUGCUGGAAUAAAUUUCACUUUUCUGUCUUUCUCUUUCCGCCUGAAUUGCGGAAAAGACCCACUUAGAUUUCAGUCCGCUUUUCAGGUGCUGUUCAUGGGCUUUGUGGAUUUCGGUGGGUUUUUCCUUACUUGAAUUUGGUGGGUUUUAGUGGGAGUUUGAAUGGGAGGUUUUUAGGAUAUGGGUUUUGGGUUUUAAAGAUGGUUUUUUUUUUUUUUGGAUAAAAAGUUUUGAAUAAAGUGGAAGAUGAUUUUGAGAGGAUUUGGUGAUGUGGGUUGUUUGGAUUUUUGGGAAAUGAGAGGUUUUUGAACCUGUGUUUUGGGUUUUAGAGGUGGGUUUUUUGGUGCAAUGUGUUUUUGAGAACAGGGGAAUAUGAUUUUAAAAGGAUUUGGUGAUGUGGGUUGUUUGGAUUUUGGGGAAAUGAGAGGUUUUUGAAUGGGUUUUGGGUUUUAGAGGUGGGUUUUUUGGUGCAAUGUGUUUUUGAGAACAUGGGAAGAUGAUUUUGAGAGGAUUUGGUGAUGUGGGUUGUUUGGACUUUUGGGAAAUGAGAGGCUUUUUAUUCUGGGUUUUGGGUUUUGGAUGUGAGUUUUUUGGUGCAAUGUGUUUUUGAGAACAGGGGAAGAUGAUUGUAAGAGGAUUUGGUGAAGUGGGUUGUUUUAAGUUUUUGAACUGAAGGCUUUUUUGUGUUUGUGACUGUGGGAUGUAUAAGGGGUUCUUUGGAGUAGAUUGGAAGAUAGAUAGGCUUGGAGUGUGUUUGAAAAUGCGAAAUUUGAUUGAAUGAAGGUUUCGUAAUCUUGGGGUUUUAGUGGUGGGUUGUUUUUGAAGUGUGAAAAGAAGAUUGAGAGGAUUUGGUGAUUUGUUUUUGUUUGCUAUGUUUUUGAAAUGAGAUGAACUUUUUGGUUGUAUGGAGAACGGUGCUUGUAUGAGAUUGAUUGAGAGAAAAACAUUUCUCGUGAUAGUGGGUUUUUCGCUUUUAAAGGUGGGUUUUUGGUGGGAAGUGGUUUGGAGUGAGGGAGAAAAGAAUUAGAGGAUUUGGUGAUGUGGAUUCUGUUUGUCUUUUCCUUUUUUUAUCAUUUUUAUUUGGGGAAAUGGAGAUGGGUCCUGUUGUGCGGUAGAGAAGGGUGCUUGUAACUAUUUACAUAGAUAAGCAUGUCUUCUGUUCAAGAGAACUGCAUUAAAAGCAGUGGCUUGAGAACUGGUGGAGCUCUUCUUGAGGAGAUGAAGAUCUUGGGGGAGCUUCAGUCUCAGUCAGGAGCAAGGAAGAUACUAAAUUCUGAGCUAUGGCACGCCUGUGCCGGGCCGCUUGUUUCCUUGCCACAAAUAGGCAGCCUUGUAUACUAUUUCCCACAAGGACAUAGCGAACAGGUGGCAGUUUCAACUAACAGAGCCGCAAACUUGCAUAUUCCUCACUACCCAAAUCUCCCAUCUCAGUUGAUGUGCCAGGUUCACAAUGUUACACUACAUGCAGAUAGAGAUACUGAUGAGAUUUAUGCCCAAAUGACUCUUCAGCCUGUGAACUCUGACAAAGAUGUCUUCUCCAUUCCAGAAUUUGGAUUAAAGCACAGUAAGCAACCGAGUGAUUUCUUUUGCAAGACAUUGACGGCAAGUGAUACCAGCACACAUGGUGGCUUCUCUGUGCCUCGUAGGGCAGCAGAAAAGCUAUUCCCACCGUUGGAUUACUCAAUGCAACCUCCAACUCAAGAGCUUGUUGUUCGAGACUUGCAUGAUAACUCGUGGACGUUUCGACACAUAUACCGUGGACAGCCAAAAAGACACCUUCUGACAACCGGUUGGAGUUUGUUUGUGGGUGCAAAACGGCUUAGAGCUGGUGAUUCUGUUCUAUUUAUAAGGGAUGUGAAGUCACAGUUACUGCUUGGUGUGAGGCGUGCAAAUCGUCAACAAACAGCAUUGCCAUCAUCCGUUCUCUCUGCUGAAAGCAUGCAUAUUGGAAUCCUUGCAGCUGCAGCUCAUGCUGCGGCUAAUUUCAGCCCAUUUACCGUUUUCUAUAAUCCAAGGGCAUGCCCUUCGGAGUUUGUCAUUCCUUUGGCGAAAUACCAUAAAGCUGUAUACAGCACCCACGUUUCAGUUGGGAUGAGAUUUGGAAUGAUGUUUGAAACAGAGGAGUCAGGUAAACGCAGAUAUAUGGGCACAAUUGUGGGAAUUAGUGACAUAGAUCCACUUAAGUGGCCUAAUUCGAAGUGGCGCAAUCUUCAGGUCGAGUGGGAUGAAACUGGGUGUGGAGAAAGGCAAAAUAGAAUUAGUCUGUGGGAAAUUGAGACGCCUGAAAGUCCAUUCAUUUAUCCUGCUCCCAUUUCAAGUCUCAAACGGCCAUUCCAUUCUGGAUAUCUGGUUUCAGGGGCAGACAUGGAAUGGGAGAGUAUCCUCAAAAGAGCUUUACCACGGAUUCCAGAAAAUGGAAAUACCAACAUCCAAUAUCCUGUAAUUCCUAGUAUUGGUUCGGAACUGAUGAAGAUGCUGCUUAAACCAAGUGCUGGUCUCAACAUUCAAUAUGGUCGUCAUCAGUCAAUGGACGCUGCUACGAUUACCGAACUCUGUAGACCUUUUCCUUCCGCUGUCCCCACAUGUUUGUUGAAAGGAACACUGCUAAAACAGGAAGAAUUGCCCACCCGAACAUCAGUACAGCAACAACACCAGUUUCUCUAUCAACAGCCUGAACUGCCCCUGCCAAAUUGUUUGCUACAGAAUCAGACCACUCCGAUUUCUGCAGGCCAACCACAGCUUGCAGAUUCGGAAUCAGCGUUAAAGAAGCACAAGCAGCCACAAGAAAAUUUUAUAGAAGAGUCAGUGUUGGAGUCAAAAAGUCAAGGCCUUCAAGAUAAGUACAAUGAACAUAAGAAAGAGCAGUCCGUGCAUAAUUUUGAAAGCCCGCCGCCGGAAAAGCCUCAAAAUAUUUAUGAAUUGUCCCAAUUAGUGCAGCAACAGCUGGAGCCAAGUACCAUCCAAUCGCAGCAAACGGAAAUACCCUCACUGGAUGCAAAUAAUAUAAACAACUUACUUCCAUACUCGAAUCAUUGUUCAGCUCAGAACUCAGACACUGGGGAUUUAAUGUUGCAUGCGUCUAAUUUCCAGUCUCCUACAGCCGCUGUAAGAUCUCUCAAUUCCAUUUCUGCGUCAGCUACUUCGGUGGUAAACCUGGAAUCUUUGAAUCCUAUUGAGAGACUUCAGUUUCCGGGCAUAUCAAAUUCCGAUUUGGCUUAUGGUCUAACAUCUUUGGAUCAAGAUUUCUUAGGUCCGCAGCAGCUAUCUUAUCUAAGAUACCUACCCCAAAUAGAGCAUCAUGGUCUUGGAAUCUCAAUGUCUGGAGUGCAAGAUGACAUAUCUGGUCCACAUGAUAUGAAGGCCCACCUGCAGAGUGUCUCUAAUUCUUGUGGGCUGAAGGACUUAUCUGAGGAGAGUAACAAUCAAAGCGAUACUUACUGCAAUCUCCAUUUUGAAGUGAGCAAUGCAAGCACUUUGAUUGAUCCUUCUGUUUCAAGCACGGGUUUGGAAGGAUUCAGUGCAUUGAGUGAUGUUGGUUUUCGAAACACUUCUGAAGGCCCUAUUGGAAACUUUAGUUCGGCUCAAGAUGUUCAGUCUCAGGUUACUUCCACAAGUCUGGUGGACUCUCAAGCAUUCUCUUUUCAGGAAUUUACAGACAACCCAGGUGGUACCUCUUCAAGCAAUGUGGACAUUGAUGAGAAUAGCUUCUUACAAAAUGGCUCCUGGCAACCUCCACCUUUGCGAACUUAUACCAAGGUCCAAAAGCUAGGAUCUGUUGGGAGGUCGAUUGAUGUCACCCGGUUCAAAGACUACAAUGAGCUGAAGUUUGCAAUUGCAUGCAUGUUUGGACUUGAAGGGCAGCUCGAUGACCCUAGAGGUUCUGGAUGGAAACUUGUAUACGUGGAUUACGAAAAUGAUGUUCUUCUCGUUGGAGAUGAUCCAUGGGAGGAGUUUGUAAUCUGUGUCCGGUGCAUCAGAAUUCUAUCGCCGUCUGAAGUUCAGCAGAUGAGUCAGGAAGGGAUGCAGCUUCUUAACAGCACCAUGAUCCAGGGGAACAAGAACUCAUUCCCAGAAGGUGGCCAUGAUGAUGUUUGGGAUGGCCCAUGAUAUGGGCCUCAAGGCACAGUUGGAAGCUCUUAUCCCAUGCGAUGAAGAUACAGCAUUACGAGUUGGGGCCCACUUGAUUAAUGGCAGACAUCCUCAAACCUCUGGUAAAAACACGUGGUACACAUUUCUGCACCGCAGAUUUUUAUUU